AUGUACAUAACAAGUUCUGGACAAGAGAGUAGUCCAAGCAUCAAUUUUGGGGUGACUUCAAAUUCUUGGUACAAACUCAAGUCAGUAGUCAAUGGAAUUAACGUAAAAGUUUAUGUUAAUGGCAACUUGGCGAAGGAAAUCACAAUGUCAGGAAGUGAAGCGGACUCUAAAAGUAACAACUACGUAGGGAUAUGGUGUCAUGCCAGUAUUCCCAUAAAGGGGGACAGUUUUCAUGUAGCAGCUCCAGGUUGCAUGAAACUCAACUUGUCUCGUCCUGUAAAAACAUCUCCGGGUGAUUGUAUGACGUCACAUAUGAAAGCCAAUACGAACUGCUCGUUUUCAUGCCUACAGGGAUACCAGCUUCAAGGUCCGCCCUUUACACUGUGUGGGUCAAACGGCGAGUGGACAAACAGUGCUAAGGCAGUUUCGUGCAAAGAUGUUAACGAGUGUGCUGUGUCAAAUGGUGGCUGCAGUCACAAGUGCGUCAAUACUGCAGGAGGCUACAAAUGUGAAUGUCCAGACCCAGAGCUAAGCUUAUCAUCAGAUAACAAAACAUGCCAUGCUCCAGGGGUUGACGUCGAGUGCAACGGCAACAACAUGACCAUCGUCAUCCCCAAGUCCCUCCUCCGCGGUCUCGACCGUGAGCAUCUUCGACUCCUGGACACGACCUGUAGAGCAAGAGAAACCAACACUCAUUUUUUCCUAACGACUCCACUGAAUGGCUGUAACACGACACGCAGGUUUACACCUACAGCUAUCGUCUACUCCAACGCUGUGUUGGAAAUCCCUGUGGCUGCCAAGAGCGUAAUAACACGCGUACGUGAAAUAGAAAUACCAUUCAGCUGCUACUUAUCCAAGUACGGCGUGGUAUCAUCCGUUGCCAGUUGGAAGCCAAGUAACAGAAAACUCGUGUUCAGUGAUGAAGGCAAAGGAAACUUCACACUUUCGCUGAGUAUGUUCCCUGACAACAGAUUCGUGAGUCCUUACAUGAAAGACGACUUCCCUAUUGGUGUGGUGCUGCGCGAACGUCUGUUUUUUGAAGUGUUAGUCACCUCUGAUGACAAGCAGCUGUCGAUAAUUGCUGACAGAUGCUUCGCAACCCCUACCCAGGAUCAGUCUAACCCCUUAAAGUACGAGUUUAUAAAGAAAGGAUGCCCCAAUGACGUAACUGUGCAAUACCAUUCUGCGCCAUCAGUCAGUGCUCAGCGGUUUAGCCUUGAGGCCUUUAAGUUUAUUGCAGGUCAUCCGUUUGUGUUUGUCCACUGCCACGUGACUGUAUGUAACGCAACCGAUCCAGACUCUCAGUGUGUACAGAAAUGUCCUUCAAGUGGCCGAGGGAAACGGGCGGCAGGUGGUCAAAUGACUGACACGUACUUUUUGGCAGAGGGUCCUCUUCAUCUAGCUCAUAACAAACGCGAGGAAAAGCGCGCAAAUAACUUCAGAACAAAUGGUUCCGGUUCUUCCCUUCUGAUGAUUCUCCUUGUGAUUUGCGCCGCUUCAUUGGUGGGUACCGCGCUGAAGAUCUUCAAGAAGUCAAGUGACAAGCCUGCUGGUUACACUUUGCUAGCAUAUGGAGAUCAGCAACACAACUAG